AGAGGCGUUACUCCCUGAGGGGACGAGGACACCUGCCUAUAUAAGACCGAACCUCCCCGUCCACACACACUCUGCACACACACACAGCGGCAGACAUGGCAAAUCUCGUUCAGGGCCUUGUGGGUAACAGUGGCAUUGCACAAAUAAUCGGAAAAAAAGCAGGGGAUAUGGUGGAGGACAUGGUGGAAAAUGCCAUGGGUGGAGAUCAAGAAAAGAAGGAGGCGGAGAAGGGAGGAGGAUUCGGGAUGGGUGACGUCCUUGCACUCGCUGGAGGAAAGAAAGAGGACAACGAAGGAGGAUUCGGGAUGGGUGACGUCCUUGCACUCGCUGGAGGAAAGAAAGAGGACAACGAAGGAGGAUUCGGGCUCCAAGACGCCCUCACAGUCGCCGGCGGAAAGAAGGAGGGAGGAGGAGACGGAGGCGCUGUGAAGGAUCUGAUAGGAGGAUUUUUCAAUUAGAAACCCAGAAGACCACAUCCUGGUCUUCCACCUGACGGAGAUACUGUGGUUCUCAAUAUUUACAAAUGAUUUGUGUAUUUGAGUUUCAAAUUAAACUUGUUCAUGACUAAAUGUUUUGUUUUCUUUGUGGGAUUUUAAAGCCAGGAUGUUCUGAUAAGCUAUAAACAAUAGAAAUUAAACUGUAUCAUUCACAUUAUUAUCAUUGUUUAUUAUCUAGAAACAAUUUGAAAAUGUGAACAAAGUGGGUUAUUAUUAUAUGGUAAAUGUGUCGGCAUAAGACAACUUCAAGAAUCUCUGAGUGAAACAAAUCAAACAAACUUCAGUGAAGGGCGAUCCUAUUAACAUGAAUAGUCUGUGGCUCCAGUUUGAAAUAUGCAUAUGAAUUUAAAAUAUAAUGAGAUAAAAUGUCUUCUGGCAAGAAAUAAAGUUGAUAAAAAUACAUA